AAAUAUUUUCACUCCCUUAUACCCAACAUACCUAACUAAUAAAAUGGAAGCUUCAUACGACUUCGUCAUUGUCGGAGGCGGAACGGCUGGUCUUACCCUGGCCGCGCGGCUGUCCGAAGACCCAACAGUGUCGGUUGCAGUCGUCGAGGCGGGAACAUAUUACCAGAUUGGAAAUCCUAUGUUAUCGUCAACUCCACUCGGCGCUUGUGCAUUCAUUGGGACUUCGCCCCAAGACACGAAUCCAGCAGUAGACUGGGGCAUUACGACGACGCCACAAAAUGGUGCUUCUGGUAGGGAGUUGCAUUAUCCACGUGGGAAAUGUUUGGGCGGCAGCUCAGGAAGGAACUUCAUGAUGUACGUUCGUCCAGAUGUUGGAUCUCUUCAGCGAUGGGCGGACAUGGUCGAUGACCAGUCAUACACCUUCGAUAAUUUGCUGCCUUACUUUAAAAAAAGCUGUCAUUUCACCCCUGCCGAUCAUGCAAGCUGGACUCCCCAUAAAAUGCCACAGUAUAAUCCAAAAGCCUUUAGCCCAGAGGGUGGCCCGCUCCAAGUCUCUUUCUAUAACAACAUCCGGCCCUUUUCAACUCAUCUCGAAGCUGCCUUCAACGAAAUUGGCAUUCCCACUACUGAUGACUUUAACUGUGGUAAUCUUUUGGGGGCUCAGUAUUGCACGAAUACGGUUGACCCCACCACUGCUUUACGGAGCUCUGCGCAGACGGCUUUUCUGGAUCUCUGCCAGGCCCGACACAAUGUGAAGGUCUUCCAGAAGACCUUGGCUAAGAAGAUCUUGUUCGAUGGACAGAAGCGAGCCACAGCAGUGAUUGUUGACUCCGGUCUUCGCCUAAAGGCUAGGAAAGAGAUCAUCCUUUCGGCCGGUGCUUUCCAAUCUCCACAGCUCCUGAUGGUUUCCGGAGUGGGACCCGCAGAGACACUGAAAAAAUUUGACAUUCCCAUCAUCGCCGACCGGCCUGGUGUGGGGCAGAACCUGGAAGACCAUGUGAUGUACGGGCCAUCAUAUCGGGUCCAGCUCAGCACAAUACUCGGAGAGACUUCUGAUCCUGCUAUGGCCAUUCCAAACCUCGUCGAAUAUUUCACAAAAGCCCGAGGCCCACUUUCGCACUCAGGGACGGACUACGUAGCUUGGGAGAAGAUCCCAAGGGAUUUACUCUCCAAGGAAGCAACUGCCGCUCUAUCCGAACUACCUGACUCGUUUCCUGAUAUUGAGUACAUGUCGAUGGACGCAUACUAUGGAGAUUAUACCAGCCCAAUGUUCAUAGGGGGACCUAAAGAUGGGUACAAUUAUGUUACCCUUCUGGUCGCACCCAUGGCUCUGAGGUCGCGUGGUACGGUAACUAUUAAGUCUGCUGAUACGGCGGACCUUCCGGUCGUCGAUCCUAACUGGUUGACCGAUCCUGUCGACCAAGAGGUCGCCGUUGCCGGUUUUAAGAGGGCUCGCCAGCUCUUUUCCACAAAGGCCAUCAAGGCAGUGCUGGCCGAUCCAGUGGAGCAUUCCCCGGGUCCGGCUGUGGAGACAGAUGAGCAAAUCCUUGACACCAUCCGGAAGACAUUGUCGGCACUCUUUCACGCCUCGGUGACCUGUAGAAUGGGGAGGAUCGACGACCCAAAUGCUGUGGUUGAUACUAGUUGUAGGGUAAUUGGAGUGUCCGGUCUGCGAAUCGUGGAUACAAGCUCCUUUGCUAUGUUGCCUUCAGGUCAUCCCCAAGCCUUGGUGUAUGCACUCGCAGAGAAAAUUGCUAAUGAGAUCAGGGCGGGUAAAUAAUUGACCGUCUUUGUUUAUAUUCAUCAUUUAUUUAUCCUCUUAUCCAGCCUGUUCUCCUCCAAGGAUUAGCCGAAAAGUGUUUGUGGUGUAAGGGGAGGAAAAAGAGAAAAGAACUAGCUAGGGGAAUAUAGAAAUUGUUUAGUUCUCUG